ACUACAGAUUGCCAUACUACUUCCGACUGCGUCACAUGUUUAUAUUGCUAGUGUAUGCUACAAGCUCUAGUUAACCCGAGCAGAGGAUGUGUCCCGUGUAAUUGUUAUUUUAUGGGUCCAUCUUUAAUUCGCUAUACACUCGUUUCCAAGCGUAUACGCAGUAAAGUAAACAAUUCUGAUCAUUGUAUUGUUAGUGGUGAAAGCCUGUAGCUAACGUUUGCUAGCCAGUGAGCGUUAGCAUCACUGGUUUUAGCCAACACUGUCAAUCACUGGAUCGAAAAAAUAAAUAGAGCUCCAAAUGCGUCUUAAGGAGCCCCUGUCCUCGACACCCGCCAACAUGACGAAGCGGACAAAUAAACCACGAAAACCUCGUGAUGACGAAUCAUCAGAUGAAGUCAGUGGGUUGACUUGCCAGCAUGUGACAAAGGCUGUGGACUUAAGCUCAGUGAAGAAAUCUGUGUUGUGCAGCUUGUGGUUGGUGUGUUCAGAGUGCUUGAAGGAAAGAACCAUGAUCAACAGUGAACCAGCAGCAUUUCAAGACAUCUUAGUUUGCCUCAAAUGUGGUUUCCAAGUCUGUAACCACUCAGGGAUUGAACAUGCUGUCAAGCACCACCAAGCUUUUUAUCCAGAGUCUCAUUGCAUCACCAUAAGCCUGAGCACUUGGAAAGCCUGGUGUUUUGAAUGUAAUGAGGAGCUCUCCACUCACUGUAACAAAAAAGCCUUGGCACAGACGCUGGAUUUUUUGCAGAAGCACUCUGUCAAGGCAACGUCAGCGACAUCCCCCAAAAUCCAGAAACUGAGAGAGGAACGCUCUGAUUAUAACGAACCCUCAAGAGGUAAAAGCUCUGCCAUCAACAGUGCCUUGGUUCCUGUCAAAGGCAUCAAUAACCUCGGCAACACCUGCUUCUUCAAUGCUGUUAUGCAGAAUCUGUCCCAAACGCAUAUGCUCAUUGACCUCAUCCAGGAAGUGAAGGAGAAAGGGUAUAAACUAAGGAUCUGCCCACCAGUCGAGAGCAAUCUGGCUCCGUUAGUAGCAAUGCUGCCCAGUCCUGAGCCCCUGACUGCAGCCAUGCUUCUCUUCCUUCAGUGCAUGAAAGAGCCAGGAAAAGGUCCAGUGAAUCCCAAGAUCCUUUUUAAUCAGCUUUGCCAAAAGGCAUCACGCUUUAAAGGGUAUCAACAACAGGACAGCCAGGAACUCCUUCACUAUUUGCUGGACUCCAUAAGAGUAGAGGAAACUAAAAGGGUGAAGGAAGGAAUCCUCAGGGCUUUCAACAAUCCCACUGAGAAAACAGCAAAUGAGGAAACCAGGCGCCAAGUCAAAGCAUAUGGAAAGGAAGGUGUAAAGAUGAACUUUGUUGACCGCAUCUUUGUUGGAGAGCUGACCAACACAAUUAUGUGUGAAGAGUGUGAACAUAUUUCAACGGUUAAGGAAGCGUUUAUAGACAUCUCUUUACCCAUCAUAGAGGAACGGAUAUCAAAACCUUCUAACAGUGUCAAGCCAGUGAAAGGAAGUCGGGAACAGGAAACAAACGCUUCUGUCCUUUCCACUACAAACAGAAACACCAGGAAACUAAGUGGACAGAAACAUCAUGGUCGGAGGUCUUCCAGUUUUAUGGAUGGAAAGGGCGCAGGCUGCAGCGUGGAACAACCCGAAGAAGAGGGAAUUGCAGGGGGAUCGGCCCGCUGGGUCUCUACUCACAAGGUGGCCACUUGUGGAAGCCUCUCAGAUAGCAGUGAGAGAGGUGCCGGUCCACAGGACAGCAGUAAUGAUGCCGACAGUGAGGCAUCGGAGAGCGAGUGGGUCCCGCAUACCUCCUGCUCCAGUCAUGUCCAAUCUCACCCAACACCUACUGUCAAUUGUUUCGCUGUAUCGGUUUCUACCUCAUCAUCCUCCCCUUCCAAGCAAGGGGAUACUGUAGAGCCGCUUGUAAGUAGUUUGUCAAAAGUCAGCCUCGGCCUUAGUUCGGGGGACAGCUCGCCCCCUUUGCGAUGCUCUCCGGAAGAACCAGAGGAAAAAAACUCCCGAGAGAAGCUCCACCAACCUUACCACCAGGGGGCAUUUCAGGCACUUUCCCAAAGUUACAAUCCCGGCUCCAAGGAAUGUUCCAUCCAGUCAUGCCUCCACCAGUUUACCUCAGUGGAGCUGCUAAUGGGCAACAACAAGCUGCUUUGUGAGAGCUGCACUGAACGCAGACAAAAGCAGACGCGCAAGAACAGCUCAGCUGGUGAGCAGAAAUCACAGCAAGUCACAGAUAAAAAGGUGGAAAAGGUCUAUACCAGUGCAAGAAAACAAAUGCUCAUUUCCUCACUCCCUCCUGUCAUCACUUUGCAUUUGAAACGCUUCCACCAGGCUGGAAUGAAUCUACGAAAGGUGAACCGCCAUGUGGAUUUUCCUUUAAUCUUAGAUCUGGCACCAUUUUGCUCAGCAUCAUGCAAGCAGAACCUGGUGCAUGGCGACCGUGUCUUGUACAGCCUGUAUGGGAUUGUAGAGCACAGUGGCUCUAUGCGUGGUGGUCACUACACUGCAUAUGUAAAAGUCCGCGCUCCCCCAAAAAAAUCUGAACAUCACCGGAAGUUGUCAGGUGCAAAGGACUAUAGCGGCAGUUCCCAGGGCCAGUGGUUUUACAUCAGUGAUACCACAGUCCAAAUGGUACCAGAGUCCAGAGUUCUUCUCUCUCAGGCAUAUCUGCUCUUCUAUGAGGAAAUGAUGUGAACAAAUUUCAUGCAGGACAUAAAUUUGACUAGUAUAAUGUGGUCAUCUCUUCUCAAGGAUUGGAAAAGGGAAAAGAUUAUACUCAUUUUCCAUCUGCUCUAGAUGAAAAAACGUGUUUUGCUCACUGAUAGUUUGGGUGACUCCAACAGCGUUCAUAACACAGGCUGUCAGAUGGUAAUUUAGGAAAUAUUGCUAUCAAAUAUUAUCAUUUGAAAAAAUAUAGUCAUUUAAUCAUAAUACCUGAGAUAAUAGUGAAAGUUCACAUUAUGGUACUGUUUGACUUGCAACACAGAAAAUAAAAGGGAUUGGUAAAACUGUUGUAGAAAAGUGGUACAAUCCAUUUCUGCCCUUUGCGUAAGAAUAUAAUGUAUCAAAACAUCACAUUUGCCAUUAUGUCAGAACCGAAAAGAAAAAUGAAAGUACAUAUAUUUAAUUAAAAUAUAUGUAUACAUUUGUCUAUUUAAGGCAGUCGUGUUGUUGCACAUGUAAAAUACUGUAUCGUUUUAACUAGAUUGCAUUCAUUGCACAGUAUUUGAUCUCUACUGUAGUAGCAAGUGGUCAGACACUUGAAAUGUCUACACCAUUACUAUUGGUCAGGUUUAAUUGAAUCAUAGGAAUGAGAUGCUUUAAGAAUUCGAGCCUUACUACCAGUAAAACAAAAAAUAGUAGUAUAAUACACAUGGAGUCAAUACUCCAUACUAGGUGCGUGCAACAGGGAGACAUAGAAAACGUGCAGGACAACGGCCCUCGAGGAUCGUAGUUGCCUACCCACUCUCGAAAUAAUAUAUUGCUUAUUCUUUGAUCAUUGAAUUUGACUAUUUUAAAUAAGGUGGUUGAUUAAACAUUUGUCAAAAGGGUGUUGGUUAUCAUAUACAGUACAGUAAAAUAAAGAGGUUCAGAGCUUUUGAUUUAAAAUGAUCACAAAUUCAGUGCCUAUGCUUAUUGUUAUGAAAUGUGCAUGGUGAAAAGGAAGAGAUGCAAAAUUAAAUGCUCUGAUGGAUAUGUGACAUUUAUGUAUAUUAUAGUUUGUAACAGUAUGAUAAAUACACUUUUACCCAGUAUAUAUUUAUUUAAAUAUAAAAACAAUGCAAGGUCAUGGUGCUUAAGGCAUGCAGGGUUUUACCGUGAUCAAAUACUUGUUUGUAUUACAUUUCAUCUUGAAAUAAUGAACAUUUGCUAUGCAUUGAUACCGUGACAUCCUAAACUACAUUAAAUGUAUGUAUCAAAUCUUCCAA